UAUUAAAAGAAAAGGAAUGCUAUGAUGUUUUGUCAGUUGGUUUGUUGGAUUUAAUUAAAGAAAUGGAGGAGAGCAAAACGAUAAAAGUAGAUAAUAACAUUUAUGAAAUUGAAUAUUCCCUUGGUGGAGAUUGGACGUUUUGGGCUUCUGAUUGGACGUCUUUGGCUUUUGCUUGCAUUGUCCCAAGUGCCCAAAAUUGCAGAGGUAUAACACAAAGUCUGGUCUAUCCUGGAUCCAAAGUUUGGAGCCAGAACAUUUGA